AAACAUGACAAAAGAACUCUGAUUGGUGACUUACAGUCAGGUAGUGAAGCCCUAGCCUUUUUAAUUACCACAGCAGAGUUUGGCAAGACCUUUAAGUAAGCUCGCUUGCAUGAAGACAUAGUGCACCAAAUCCUGCUGAAAUUCAGUGCAGUGAUUGAGCUUACAACGCAAAUAUUUUACUUGCCGUCUGGAUCUAAAAGCACAAAAAAGGACAGAAGGAAAAAAGAAAGAAAUUACUAAGGAAUUUCUGCAUAAAGGUAGCAAAAUAGUUGUCUUAGUAUCAAUAUUACAGCUAUUAUCAGUGUCAUGCUUCAUGGGAAGAAGUUGGCCAAGCAGGUGCUGCUGCCUUCUGUGCUGGAAGACGAUGACGCAGGAACAGAAAGUGGGAAGCUGCAGCUGGGGGAGCCAAGAAUGAGCCAGACAGAGGUUGAUAUGCGUGGGCCAAAAGACCAACACUCAAGCCCUGACAGGAACGUGCUAGACGGCGGCACAAGACACGAGGAAGACGAAGAAAAGGAGCCUGAAGUACAGGAGUGCCUGAGCUCUGAUGAUGACUAUGAUACAGAUUUGGAGCUCGAAGGUAAGGAGGCGGCAUACGAUCUGACGGGGCAGACAUGCUACAUGACAGCGUGUAAAAAGUUCCAGGUGGUCCCUGCCUCUUAUUUCCUGCAGCAUAUGCAAAAUAGCUCGCUGGUUAUGGUGCAUCGCGGUCUGGGGCCUCAGGGCACCAAAGCGCUGGCGGUUCCCCUGGUAACCAACACUUCAAUACUGCGGCUGAACCUGCGAGAUAAUUGGAUGGAAGGCAUGGGUGGAGCUGCUAUAGCUGAGAUGUUAAAAGAAAAUUGCUACAUUACAGAGGUGGACCUGUCCAAUAACAAUCUAGAGGUUUAUGGAGCCAAAGCCAUAGCUGGUAUGCUUAAAGAGAACAGCACCCUGGUGAGCCUCAUUCUGUCAGGAAACCAUUUCACAGACCGGUCCACUGAACACCUCUGCCCAGCGCUGAUCACCAACACCAAACUACAGCACCUCGACCUCAGCUACAAUGCUCUGGGGGAGCGUGCAGGAGAACACCUGGGAGAUGCUCUGUCUGAGAACACCGGGCUGAGAUCGCUAAACCUGGCAUGGAACGGCAUUCGACAAAAAGGAGCAGUAAUGCUGGCCAAUGGUCUUGGGGAAAAUGUUUUUCUUAGAAUACUUGAUCUGUCAUUUAAUGGCUUUGGGAAAGAAGGAGCCAGUGCUUUAGGACAGGCUCUUAAAGAGAACAAUGUUUUAGAAGAGUUAAAUAUCAGUAACAACCGAAUACCCCCUGAAGGAGCGAUCCACCUCGCCAUGGGCCUCAAAGUAAACAAGACAAUCAAAUCCCUGAAUAUUGGUAGGAACCCCAUCCUGAAUGCUGGAUGCUAUGGGAUCCUUAAAUCUGCACAGGACAACCCAGAUUCAGCCUUGGAGACUUUAGACUUUUCAGACAUCACAGUAAGCCGGGAUUUUGAAGACUUGUAUACAGCAGUGAAAGAAAUAUUCCCAGCGCUUAGAGUAAAUCAUGGGGGCCGCUUUGGCACAUUCAGCAAAGCAAAAGCUUGAAAAGUGUUACUGUAAUUGCUGUACUUUUAUGCCAGCAAAGAUGGAAGAAAUCUUGUCAAAGCCCUAUGGACGUUUUCAUCAACAGAUAAACCAAAGGAUGCAUGCCUGCAAAAAUAUAACUUUUAAAGAGAUGUCUUUUUUUUUUUGUUAAAGAGCCAUGAGAGCAUAUCCUUCUGAAUAAAAUGCACUGUGAAUAAAUAAAACUUCUUAAAUACCCAAUCAAUUGAAAAUAAAGGCAAUUCAGAUGCUCAUUUUCCAGUAGAAACACCAUGUGUGUAGUGUUUAAAACUCAUUUUUUGAUGAAGUCACAGAAAAUAGGCAUAAAAUACAGGUAUUGAGUAUGAUUCUUUUUAGAUAUGAUCUGAUUUGAUGUUAUAUAAUGUCAGUGGGUAGAAUGAUGGAGAGGAUCAGAGAGCACUGUAUUGUGUAUGAAAAGAAGUGAAAGUGGGUUGCACAAAAAGGAUUUAAGUACUGCAUGACUAGUCUAAUAGAAAAACCAGCUUUGAAAGAACAGUCCACUAUUAGAUAAGAGACCUGUUUACUGAGGCAGGACAACUCAAGCUGUGUUAGAUACAUACAGUGAGCUGUCAUCUGGAUGCAUGUAUCUCUCCCACACACCACUAAAUGAUCUUAAGCCAAGUUAUUUUAUUCCAGAACACUGUAUGUAAUAUGUAAUGUAUAUGCAUUUGAAUACAUUUGACAACUAAUUGGUUUAUUUUGGGGCUUUUUAAUAGCUUGCAGGGAUUUGGGUCAUCUUAUGACUAGAUUUGCAUAUAUUUUCCUUAACAAAUAAUCAAUACUUAUAACUAUUACUACUUCAGUUACAUAUGUACUGUAUCAUAGAACCAUUAAAUUCUCCUCCAUACAACAUAAAAUGAUUUUGAAAUCAGUCAAACUAUUGCAUAUGUGAUAUACACUUACUGGCAAAACUUCACCUCCUUCCAAAGUACAUGGAGAGGAGUAAUAGUCUAGAGAUUGAAGCUUUCGUUGGGGGUCACAGACAGAAACCCAUAAACAAUAAAGUUGUUCUUCAUACAACCAGUAUUGUCACAGGAGUUUCAACCUCUUUACAGUUUGUUAGGUGCACCUGUUCAGUUGCUCUUAAUGCAUACACCAACUACAUGGCAGCGCUUCGAGUACAUUUAGCUAUGUAGACAUGGUCAAGAUGACCUGGUGAGGGUCAACCUACAGAAUGAAAAAGAGUGGGGAUUUAAGUGAUUUUGAACGUGGUAUGGUUGUUGGUGCCAGACAGACUGGUCUGAUUUUUUCUUUAGAAACUGCACUGGAAUUUUCCUGUAUAAUCUAGGGAUUUCAGAGAGAAUGGUCAGGAAAAAGAGAAAACAUCUCAUGAGCAUCAGUUCUCUUGGAAAAAAAAAAACAUAAAACUGAGCUAUGCAGAAGAGCAUCUAAGAAUUACAUAACAAGUUAAACCUUAGAGCAGAUGGACUACAGCAGCAGAUGACCUCACCAGGUGCCACUCCUGAAAACACAAAACUAAACACC